AUGGGCAAGGAGUUGUCAAAACAGGAGGAACUCCCCGAGCCCAAAGAGCUUCUGCCUUUAUCGCAUUCUGAGUUUAACGUCUACAAUCGCCUCGCAGUGCGAAUGGACCGAUUUCAUGACCGCUUCCGGUACAUGUGGGAUAUACUCUACAAUGCCGCCGAUAGCCAGAAGCGGCCGUCCAAUCUAUCCCUCAAGCAAUUCAUUGAAACAGGCAUCCAAUUCAUCGACAAUCUUGAAGGACACCAUGGAAUUGAAGAACGAUACAUCUUCCCCAUCCUGGCAGAGAAAAUGCCAGAGUUCAGAACAAAUACGGGCAACGAAGCGGCCGCCGAGUUACUCCAGCAACAUGAGGAGAUCCAUAGUGGGAUGACAGCUAUGCGGGAGUACUUAAUAGCCUGCCGAUAUGGUGAUAUCGAGUUCCAGUUCAAUGUUCUCAAGAUAAAAAUGGAAUCAUGGGGCGAGACGCUGCUGAAGCACCUGGACCAGGAAGUCAAGACAUUGGGGGCUGAAAGCAUGAGACGCUACUGGACAAUUAAGGAGAUGGCCGAGUUCCCAUUCUAG